UACGGUUCGGACGAUUGCGUCAUUCAGAACGUUCUCUCGCAUUCCAGGGAAGCACGCCAUCUUGAAAGAAGGCAGUCGGACUCGGUCGGUAUUUUACGCUUUCAGUAUUAAAGUGUAAAUCAUCUUUGGCGUACUAAAAUCCUCAACAAGAUGCGUCAAUCCAGGCGGUCACGUUCUCCAGGUGUUUGGUUGGAUGAGUACAGUUGGGAAGAGAGAAUGGAGUACCGCAAGAGGAAGAGAAGGGAUUCUUAUAGCAGUGAACGGGAAAACAAAUACAGAAGACAUCAUCAACACCACAAGACCAAUGACAUGCUGUUUCUGGAGAGCCACAACAUGAACAGGUGUACCAGGGACCGCAGCUUUGAUAUGGCCUAUGAGGCAGAAGUGCCCUGCAAAGGACGAGAUCUUGAUUGGCACCAUUACAGCAAGUCUUCUGGCCGCAGUGGUAGAAGCGGUCGCAGCCGGAGAAGCAGGCACAGGGAUAGACGGCACCGCCGAAGCCGCUCUCGCCACAGGUCGCCCUCGACGAGGAGCCAUCGGCGCCGGAGCAGAAAAAGAUCCAGGAGUGUUGAGGAUGAUGACGAGGGUCACCUCAUCUAUCACAGUGGAGACAUGCUGAAAGCGAGAUAUGAAAUUCUCAGUACUCUAGGAGAGGGGGCCUUUGGGAAGGUCGUCGAAUGUAUUGAUUAUGCUAAUGACAAAGCUCGAGUGGCUCUGAAGAUCAUUAAAAACAUUGAUCGCUACCGUGAGGCAGCGAUGUCUGAAGUGGAGGUGCUGACGCAGCUGAAGUCUUUUGAUAGCCGCAGGAGAUAUGCUUGUGUUCAGAUGCUCGACUGGUUUGAAUAUCACGGCCAUGUUUGCAUUGCCUUCGAGCUGCUUGGCCUCAGCACCUAUGACUUUCUCAAGGAGAACAACUUCCUGCCGUUCUCCACUGACCACAUCAGACACAUGGCCUACCAGAUCAUCCAGGCAGUUCGAUUUCUGCAUGAAAACAAACUGACUCACACUGACCUCAAGCCGGAGAAUAUUCUGUUCAUCGACUCAGAAUAUGACAUGGAGUACAAUCCAGAGAAGAGACGAGACGAGCGAACCUUGAGGAAUCCUGAUGUGAAGAUAGUUGACUUUGGAAACGCCACGUAUGACCAUGAACACCACACCUCAGUGGUUUCUACUCGUCACUAUCGUGCUCCGGAGGUCAUUCUAGAUCUUGGCUGGGAUCAUGCCUGUGAUGUCUGGAGUAUCGGGUGCAUCCUCAUCGAGUACUAUCUUGGCUCCACCCUUUUCCAGACUCAUGACAGCAAAGAACACCUCGCCAUGAUGGAGAGAGUUUUGGGCCCGAUUCCCUCUCACCUGCUGCAGAAAUCGAGGAAACAGCGGUACGUUCACAGAAACAAACUGGACUGGGACCCCCAGAGUUCUGCUGGACGAUACGUCAGGAAACACUGCAAGCCGCUGAAGAAUUAUCUGAGGUCUAAAGGCCAGGACCACCAGCAGCUGUUCGACCUCAUCGGGCGGAUGAUGGAGUACGACCCGGCCAAGCGUCUGCGUCUGGACGAAGCGCUGCAUCACCCCUUCUUCUCCCUACCACCACAGCAGUCGGCGAAGCAGUUCCUGCUGAAAGACCUCCAGAGUGGCGACGUGCGACAUUGUUCAUGUGCAGCUUCUGCUGCAGGACUCUCUGGGAGAGUUGCUGAUGAUGAGACUGUAUCAGUCCACUGCCCUGAUGUUCUGUGUGUGACCCUGGCAGGCCUGUCUCUUCUCACUUUAAGUUGAAAACCUUUUUUGUCUGGGUCACGUUUGAGGGAUUUCACCCAAAUAUUUAUUGGUUACAGCCAACUGUAACGGUAAACAUCUGGAUUCUUUUAAUGUGUGGGAUGUGUCCUCUUGUUUUUUUUUCUAGGUGAGGUGAAAUCAUGAGAUAUUGUGCUUCAGACAUCAGGCUGAGAAUGUUGUACAUAAUUUUCUAUUUUUCGUGCCACUGUGUUUUCAUGAAGUCCGUUUUUCCCCAAUAAAGACUUGACUGUU